UCAUCUAUUGCGAUGCCGCCCUCAAUACAUCGCUUUCAAAACUAGCCAGGCAUGACACGUUCCCUCUGUAGCCGGCUUCAUCAGAGAUCCCUGCCCCGCGGUGUGGCCUUUGAUGAAUUGACGUCACGUGCAUCUGGAUGCAGCAGCACUUUUAAGUUUUGCGGAACCUGAUCUCAUUUCAUUCACACGAAAGUCUCCCCCUUUUGCCGGCAUCCGAUCAAAAUCCAUUAGCCGGCUGCCGGAGAGCCAGAGAAGGACUGAAAGGUCCCAACUUUCCAAAAAUAAUGGCGUGAUUUUGUAUUCUGAUCCCUGGCACGACAAAGCCAGCUGAAACCCCGGCGAGAAGAUAGACUUCGAUCAUGAAAGAGCGAGUGAAGCUGAGCAAGCGCGUAGCAGAGGUUGCCGGCGGCACAACGGCGGGGUGUGCGGUGGUGGUGUGCUGUUGUCCUUGCGCCUUAGUCAACCUCCUCGUUCUCACCGUCGUAAAGCUUCCUGCUUUUCUCUUCCGCCGCGCGGUGCGGAAGAGGAGCCGCGCUGUUAUAAAGCAAAAGAUGGAGUCCAAUGUUUCCGGCCUUGAUAUCUCUGCCUCAUCUGCGGGAGAAGCAAAUAUUCAGUGGCAGACAAAGGCGCCUGUUGCGGAGGUCUUGGAGUUUGAGAACGAGAUGCUGCACCAUUUCUUCGGUAAUGGCUUCUGGUGCAGCCCAUCUCACAGAGAGUAAAAUUCAAUCCCAUAUCGUCUUAGCGCUAUCUACUUACUUCAUAUGCAUACAGUUCACGUGAGCAUGAUCUUGAAUAACAAUUUAAUAACUCAGUUAUUGGGACAAUAAUCUUCUAAUAACCUUCAUCCCGUUUAUCGAUGGACUGCCCCCAUAAAAGAUGGUGAAGAAAAGGAGUUCAUGAGGAUGGGCUUUCUUUCCACUCCGUACUCUUUUCUCGAUGAAGAAAGCUACUGUUCUGCUUGUGACGGCAUUAUAUUUUUGAGGCAGAAGCUGCGUGGAAUUAUAACCAAGAAAAUGACUGCAACUGCGUGUGGUUGGGUUGAAUGGAAUGAAAUCUGGUCAUCUCUGAAUCGCCAUUCUUGAUUGAGAUGCUACUAUUCAUUUCCAUCCAGGAAAAAAGUAAAGCCAUGUGGACAGACUUCGUACUAUUAAUUAUUGUAUUAUAAGAUGUACUUCCUCAUUUAAGAGUAUCUGCUUGUUGUCCCUUCGAGUUUCCAAGAUUUUUCAAUAUAUUUUUUUUUAUUUUUAAUGCCAGCUGAAUCACUAUUCCAUUCUGCCAUAAAUAAGUUUGAGCUGACAUGCGGGUCCUCCACUGAGUCAUGACAUACGGGAGUACAGUCCUGCACUUU